AUGGCCACCAAACGCAUAGACAAUUGUGUAAGCAUCGAAAGCGACGUCCUCUCCGUCCAGAAGAUGACGAGUUACACCAACCUCCACAAGUGGCCGAUGGCAGAGGUGGAGUUUGUCAAGUCAAUCAGCCACGGCAAUAGCCAGCAUCGUACCAUGGUGAUGAACAACAUAUCUUGCAGGCAAAUGUACCUCAGAAGCUACACUUUCACUAGAAAUGAAAAUGAGGACGAAGGUGGCUGUAAGACCGGUGACCAGUGGAACAGAGGAGAGAAAAAGAGGUCUGCAGAGGCAACUAAGAAAGGUAUGAGGAAAAAUAGCAAAGCAACGCCGUGUACGCCAUUUGUUUUGAGGCUCUUAUGGAAGUGUUUUUCUUGUACUUCCUCUACUAAAGUCAAUAUUGAUCCGUGA